UGUCCCAAGCUGGCGAGGAACCGGGGCGCACUCAGUGGUUGGCGGCCCGAGUGAGCAAGAAGACAUGGACUUCGACUCGUACCAACACUAUUUCUACGACUACGACUGCGGCGAGGAUUUCUACCGCUCCACGGCGCCCAGCGAGGACAUCUGGAAGAAAUUCGAGCUGGUGCCGUCGCCCCCCACGUCGCCGCCCUGGGGCUUGGGUCCCGGCGCCGGGGACCCGGCCCUUGGGAUUGGUUCCCUAGAUCCGUGGCCCGGAGGGGGAACUGGAGAUGAGGCAGAAUCGCGGGGCCACUCGAAAGGUUGGGGCAGAAACUAUGCCUCCAUCAUCCGCCGUGACUGCAUGUGGAGCGGCUUCUCAGCCCGGGAACGCCUGGAGAGAGCGGUGAGCGACCGGCUAGCCGCUAGCGCAUCCCGGGGGAACCCACCCAAGGCUCCUACCGCCCCAGACAGCGCUCCCAGCCUGGAAGUCAGCAACCCAGCGCCUGCCCCACCGUGUGCGCUGAGUGAGCCCAAGCCCCAAGUCUGCUCCGGGUCUGAGAGCCCUAGUGACUCAGAAGGAGAAGAAAUCGACGUUGUGACCGUGGAGAAGAGACAGUCGCUCGGUGUGCGGAAGCCAGUUACCAUCACGGUGCGAGCAGACCCUCUGGACCCGUGCAUGAAGCACUUCCACAUCGCCAUCCAUCAGCAGCAACACAACUACGCUGCCCGCUGCCCUCCAGAAAGCGGCUCCCAGGAAGAGGCUCCCGAGAAUGCACCCCAAGAAGAGGCGCUGGAGGAAAAUGUUCCCGAGGAAAAGGAAGAGGAGGAAGAAGAGAAUGUGAGCCCGCCACCUGCAGGAAGGCAGGCUUCCCGGGCCUGCCACCCCAAGUCAGGCACCUCGGAAACUGAGGAUCUGACCAAGAGGAGGAACCACAACUUCCUGGAGCGCAAAAGGCGGAAUGACCUCCGUUCCCGGUUCUUGGCCCUGAGGGACCAGGUGCCCGCCCUCGCCAGCUGCUCCAAGGCCCCCAAAGUCGUGAUCCUGAGCAAGGCCUUGGAAUACUUGCAGACUCUGGUGGGUGCGGAGAAGCGGAUGGUCACCGAGAAACGGCAGCUCCGAAGCCAGCAGCAGCAACUGCAGCGAAGAAUCGCGUACCUCAGCGGCUACUAACCGACCAAAAAAAAUGCCCAACUGCUCAGUCUUAUGAAAACACAACUUUAUUCUGUAUCCUUCUGACUCCCUCCUUCCUGCCGCCCACCCACCUCCCCCCCCCACUUAGUAAUUUGCACAUUUUGUUUAUGGUGGGACAGUCUGGACAAUAGAUCCCAGAAUGCAUUGCGGCCAGUGCACACAAUAAGGGCUUGCAUUCUUGGAAACCUUGAAACCUAGCUCGCGUCCACUGACUGGUUGGAAUGCUGUGGCGCCUUUGGCGUCUCAGGCAGGCAGCUGACUGUGUGGAGCCUUGGGGUCUGCCUAGCUGACUAGCUCCGAGAAAAAGAAGAAAAAAAAGCCUGACA